AUGGAAGAAAACGCUCCAAGAGACGCGGCGCGCCCGGAGGAGUCCGGAGAGGAGUCGGACCGGGCCAUCCUGCUCCUGCAGCCCCCUGCCAACCAGCACUCCCACAGGAUCACCAACUUCUACAUCGACAACAUCCUGCGGCCGGACUUUGGCCGCAAGAGGAAGGACGGCAGCCUGGCCGGAGAGGAGGACAGUCUGGGAGCGAUCAUCCGGAGAGAGGAGCUGAGGGGCAGGAAGGCGGCCAGGAGCCCGCUGCAGGGCGGAGCGGGAGGAGCAGGAGGCGCGGGGGGCGAGGCGGGGGACUCCGGCUCCUCCGACGACCAGCAUCCGGACUGUGAGGCCGGGGACGUGGGGGUGAAGGGCGGCCCGCAGGCCAGCGCCGCCCCGCCGGCCAAGCCGAUGCUGUGGCCCGCCUGGGUUUAUUGUACGCGCUACUCGGACCGCCCGUCCUCAGGUUGGCCCCAGAUCCGCAAACCAAAGAAAGCCGACCCCAGCAAGGAGGACAAGCGGCCCCGGACGGCCUUCACCGCCGAGCAGCUGCACCGGCUGAAGACCGAGUUCCAGAACAACCGGUACCUGACCGAGCAGAGGCGCCAGGGCCUGGCGCGGGAGCUCGACCUCAACGAGUCCCAGAUCAAGAUCUGGUUUCAGAACAAGCGGGCCAAGAUCAAGAAAGCCACCGGUGGGAAAAACUCUCUGGCGCUGCACCUGAUGGCGCAGGGACUGUACAACCACUCCGCGUCCAAGGACGCCAAGUCCGACAGCGACUAGC